AUGAGUGCACAGUUCAAGAUCGCCGUCGCUACACUUUCUGUAUUGAUUCGGUUGAUAGGCAUCUACACCAAACCCUUUCUCAAGCAUACAGGUGAUCCAAGGACGCAUGCAUUGAUGGCAUUUGCUCGAAAUCCGUACUACUUAAUCGGUGACCUGAUGCUGCUCGAUCACUCAGUGCCAGCCACACCCUCUGAGACUUGGCUAAUCCCCAGCAUCUUUUACUACUUAUUCAACAAGAAAUGCAUCAUCCUCUAUCUACAAGAGUUGGCCGUUCGUCUUACGGUUAACGGGAUCCAGGCAUUACAGAAGAGGAGCUGGUCGCCACUUGUCAACACGAGUCGGCAAUUGGACAAGAUGACGCGAAAGGAGAUUGCAAAGGUUAUUAUCUUCGACGAAGUUAUCCUCUGGGUCGUGACUGUUUUAUGUAUUUCUAGUCGCCCAUAUCGUGUUGAAGGCGCCAUGGAAUAA